AGUUGUUUCAGCUGCCAUGUUUGGUUGCUUUGUUGUAGGCUUCUAGGUUUCCUACAGAAUUAGUAAGUGUGGAAAUGGAGCCGAGCUGGAGUGCGUUUCUUUUUCAACAGGCCAAUGAAGCCCUCCACCACCAGCACCAAGUGGCCCAGAACAGCCUGCUGCCACUUCUUAAUGCAGGAGCUGAACAAAUUGAUCAGAAGCCUGUUCUGCCCAUCCAGAUAGACCAGAAGCCACCUUCCAGUGCCGCUGAUCUCCUCAAAGACAAUGUGGCCAGUGGAGGAGGUGCACGGCCUCCGAUGCCUGUCAUAAAGAAGGAACACAAAGGCAAAACACCUUUUGUCUGUAACUACUGCAACAAGGCCUUCCGUGACAGCUACCACCUGCGACGUCAUGAGUCCAGCCACACCGGUAUCAAGAUGGUGUCGCGGCCAAAGAAGACAGCCCAAACAGCCCCCACCAUGGUACCCAUGAUCUCUACCAUGCCACGAGAGAACAACGGCAACCCUUCCUAUAUCUCCACAGUAGCAGGCAUUCUGUCUACAGCAACCACCUCGGUUUCUUCAGGCACAAGCAUCAUGACAUCAUCUGCAAUGGGCAGUGUGCCACAGCAGAAUGUUCCCAAAAAACCUGCCAAACCUGUCAAGAAGAACCAUGGGUGCGAGAUGUGUGGCAAGGCUUUUCGUGACGUCUACCACCUAAAUCGCCACAAGCUUUCUCAUUCAGAUGAGAAGCCUUUCGAAUGCCCCAUCUGCCAGCAACGUUUUAAAAGGAAGGACCGAAUGACCUACCAUGUUCGCUCUCAUGACGGGGGAGUCCACAAGCCCUAUGUAUGUUCCGUAUGUGGGAAAGGCUUUUCCAGGCCAGACCACUUGAGCUGCCACGUGAAGCAUGUCCAUUCCUCAGAAAGACCAUUUAAAUGUCAAGUGACGGCCUGUACCUCUGCUUUUGCCACCAAAGACAGACUGCGUUCCCACAUGAUCAGGCAUGAAGGCAAGGUCACCUGUAGCAUCUGUGGUAAGAUGCUCAGCGCGGCGUACAUCACCAGCCAUUUGAAGACUCAUGGGCAGACUAACUUUAACUCCUGUAACAAAGAGGCUAACGAAGUCUGCAACUCUGCCUCGGCUACCCCUGUGACCGUUUCUGCCCCCAUUACCACAGCAAUGAACCGUGGUAACAACAACAACAACAACAACAACCCUGUCACCAUAGCCGCACAAAUGAACAUUAGCACCAACACGGUCAACAUCACGUCUCCAGUCAGCCUCCAGCACCCGGUCACCAUCACCGGGCCCGUCAACAUCGCCUCUGUCAACAUCCCUGCCACGGCGCCCAUGAAUAUUGCCCACCCAGUCGCAAUAACGACCCCCAUGCCUAUGAAUAUAGCUGGUCCGCUGAACAUCGCCAUGAGGCCAGUGGAUAGCAUGCCUUUUCUGUCCCAAGUCUUGCCUUCUUCCCCACCCUGGUAAAAUGGAGAGAGCACGCUGAACUGGUCAGGAAGAAAGGGAAGAUGAAGUGAAACAAGACACCUGUCCUCAUCAUUUACACCUUCAGUCCAGCCUUUUUCUCCCUCCUGAGCCCAGUUCAUUUCAUCCAACCUUGAAAUGAAUAUUUCCAUGAGCUGUGUGGCUCACAGGAGCUUCCCAAGUCAUGGCCACUAAUGAUAAGUGACACUUGGAUAGAAAUCGAGUAGGAGUUAUCUUUAAAUCAGGACAAACUGUAAGACUUAGUGUAGUCAGUUAGAAUGAAACUGUGAUUUGUUAUAUGAUAAAUGAAAGGAGAGGAUUCCUCAAGCACUCAUAAGGACUCUGUAGGAAAACACACCUGUGCUUUUGUAAAGGGGAGAUGAGACACAGACUGAAGCAAUAACUCUAAAUUGCUGUUUUUUGAUGUUUUUCAAGUUCUCUCCCAAAGCCUCUGGGUGUUACUUUGUAUGUUGUUUUUAUAACUAUAGCCUGCUAAUCACUAUUUAAUGUUAUAGGAAAUGAGUCUAGUAAAAGGGGCAGCAGCUUCCACUUGCAUGGAAGAAUAUUUUUUCACAGUGCUAUAGCCUUUGUUUUUCUUCUCAGAUUGUAGGUAUGCUCCUGAGGUACAGUGACUAACUUGUACAGUUGACAUAGUAAUGUAUUUUCAUGUCAGCAUUUUAAUAUUUGCUUUAGUCAGUAGACACUGUCCUCUUGACUAUGAAAUAUUUGUACUUUGUUUUGUAUGGAAACAGAGGUUUGUUUUUAUUUGCCUGUUUGUAGUGUUCAUUUUUCCACGAAGUCAGAUUGAAAUGAGUGUUGCACUGAAAGCAUAUCCUACAUACAGGUGAACAGCAGUAUUAUUAAAGAUCAAAUGGGAGCGUUUUGGUUAGCCAGCCUACACUUGAGGGCCAUCUAGUGGCUGUACAUGGAAUGGCCUGGCCUUGUAGUGAAGCGUUUUCAGGCUGUUACAGUCAUCAUUAUGGUGACUUAACUUUUUCUGACUCUUGUCUACACCUUUUUUAAAUCAUUUACCUGUGAUAGCCCAAGAUUAUACUAAGAACCAUUCACUCAGGAAACGCACAUAAAAGCCCCAUUACUCAUGAACUUGGUUUGUUUGACUUCGAUCAGGGACAGAAAGUCCCAGAAUUAUUCAGUUUUAAACAUGGCCGUCCAUUUACAUGAUCAUUUACUGUACAACAGAUACAUGCUGUACCUUUGUUAGUCUAGUUCAGUCUCGGGCUAUGUAGUUAUGUGGCUGAGAUCUGCAGGAGUUUGAUAAAAUGCAAGUUUGUGUCCAUUAAAAUAAUGGUGCCAGAUUGAUGUUGCAUGACCCCAAACACUAGCUGCUGAACAUGAACUAUUUUUAAUGAGUGCCACAUCACAAGUGUUGCAGCUCUUUUGAGGUUUCAGUAUAAUGAAAAUGCAAUAUGCAUGUUUGUUAUUUUUCUCGAGUUAUGUUUUAAAAUAUUAUUCUAGCCUUUUGUUCUUAUGCAUUUACGUAGAUACGCUAUAUUAGCCUGUUUGCCAAAUUUGAUACAAUAAUAAUGUGAUAAACAUCUCAUGUGGAAUUUUUUUUAAGGAAAAAAAAAUUGGAAAUUCCAGCACCCUUGUGAAAGCAACUGAAUGUAUAUCUUUGUACAAAACUAUUUUAGUUCCAAGGAUAUGGUAGUUACAAUAGAUGUGAAAGAUAAGAUAACCUUUUUUAUAAAUCUUUUGUAUUAGAACAUUAACAAUGGUAAUUUUGUAUAUAUAAGAGGCUAGGCUUUCUGAUUAGCAGAAAGGUCAAACAUUCCUACAUUUUUUAAAAAUGUAUGUUUGUCAAAUUAUUACAUAAACAUGCGCAAUGUUAUGUGC